UGCUUUCUGGCAGGCGCUGGCGACGACGCUUUCCGGCGGGAGGGUAGAAGCGGAAGGUGGCCCAGUGGAGGCGUGAGUUUGCCUCAGGGUGCUGCGGGCUUGGUCCGCGCACGGUGGGUCUCCGUUGCGACGUCGCCAGCCACACUCAGCAUGCCGGGCGUGAAGCUGACCACCCAGGCCUACUGCAAGAUGGUCCUACACGGCGCCAAGUACCCGCACUGCGCCGUCAACGGGCUUCUGGUGGCCGAGAGGCAGAGGCCACGCAAGGAGCACCCGCCGGGCGCAGGCGCCCAUACUCUCUUCGUGGACUGCAUCCCGCUCUUCCACGGCACGCUGGCCCUGGCGCCCAUGCUGGAGGUGGCGCUCACUCUGAUUGACUCGUGGUGCAAAGAGAACAGCUAUGUGAUCGCCGGCUAUUAUCAAGCUAACGAGCGUGUGAAGGAUGCCAGCCCAAACCAGGUGGCAGAGAAGGUGGCCUCCAGGAUCGCCGAGGGCUUCAGCGACACCGCACUCAUCAUGGUGGACAAUGCCAAGUUCACGAUGGACUGCGCAGCACCUACCAUCCAUGUGUACGAGCACCAUGAGAACAGGUGGAGAUGCAGAGAUCCACACCACGACUACUGUGAAGAUUGGCCGGAGGCACAGAGGAUCUUGGCAUCACUCCUGGACAGCCGCUCCUAUGAAACGCUCGUGGAUUUUGAUAACCACCUGGAUGACAUUCGGAACGACUGGACAAACCCCGAGAUCAACAAAGCAGUUCUGCACCUGUGCUAGACGAGGGCCACGACAGCUGGACACUCCACCACAGAGAAGAGGAAAGCAUAUUUUUAAAUUUAGAGGAGUAAUGACUUAGCCUGAUGGGAAGCUGCAAGUCUGUGAUGUGUGCCUUGGAAGGGGAGUCCGGUCAGCGUCCUUCAGGGCAGGACUGUGGAGAGGUGUGGUUCUUAGUCCUGUGCUGCCCAAUCCUGCCCACCAGAGCUCUUUCUGCUUGUCCCAGGUUGUUCCCAUUAAACAGUUCUAGCCUUUUAUAAUCUAGA